CGGCAGAUGGCAGCACCAGAAUUUACAUGUCCGCUCGUCUAUUAUCAUAUAUCGAAAAUGCUGCAGUGCAAAAUAUAUUAUCAUAUUGUGCCCUAUUGAUGUGGAUAUGGAAUAAAUAAGCUAACCGUUUUUCAUACUUUGGACUGAGGUUUGUGGACAAAUAAACACAACACAAUGUCUGACCAGGAGGAGGAAGUGAUGAUGUCAAUACCGAAGAUCACUAACCCCAAGGACAGUUAUGAUCCUGAUAUUGACGGUGCAUGUGGCGGAGGGGAGCCUUUUCGGUCCCUUUCCCCUGGAAGUAACUCUGUUGACAAUUUGAGCAUGGAGGUUCAAUUUGAAGAGGAGAGCUCCCGGCAUCCCAGUGAAAUUAGUUCUUUGUCCUAUCAGAAUUUGUUAGAGGACGGGGAAGGAUCAGGUCAUAUAUUGUCUCGACAUGAAAGUGAAGACAGUAACGAUUCAUUCCCUCCAGAUUAUAGUGACAACUAUUCUAGUGAAAAUGUCGGCCGGGGUCAAACUCUUUCUGACCUUCCUACAGAAAUUAAUGUUAAGUACAGAGAAAAGUUUAGUAUGGGGACUACAGAACGGACUGGUGACCUCAAGUUGGGUAAUAAUUUCAAAGUCGGAGAAAGAAAUGAAAUUGUCAUGAAUAAAAUGCCAAUUAUUGACAGUCAUGAUAUGAUGGAGGAAAUUGAUUUGGAGUCAAAGGAUAUAGUUAGUAUGCAUACAUUUGACGUGGAUGAAAUUCCACAAAGGGAAAGAGUAAAAAAACGCAACAGUCUAGAAAUCAGAAACAACAUCCCUGUAGUUGGUGAAAUUAAGAGUUAUGAUAAAGAUUUAGAUCCCCACACUUACUCCUCACAGGGCGCCAAACCAAAAAUACGCAAGCAGUCCCCUGGGUUAGCAUGUCGUGUUGGUGAUGGAUCUGGGGGAAGUGGCAGUGACAGGGAGGGGUCUAGCUCAGACCGGGAACUAGAACGGCCAGUCAAAAAGCCAAAUCUACAACCCCUAGGGAAUGCCCUAAAUCCGCAUUCUAACACAUGUCCAGUGCAUACUAGUGAUGAUAAGAUAAAAAAUAUGGACCUGAUGAAUGUGGUGGUAAACCCUGCUAGUAGCAUAAGAUCAGCCGUAGAGGAAAUGUCUAAUGGCUCAGGGGGACAGACAGGGCCGGGACCAGAUGUGGAAAAUGAAUACGACUAUGUUAAAUAUUCUAGGAUCCAGGAUGGGGAUUCAUAUGUUGGAAUGCGACUAGCUUAUUCCAGUACUGAUGAAGGCAUGAAAAGGAAUAGUUUAGAAGUGAACGGUUUUAGCAAUAACUCUAUCAUUGAUAUAUCGCGUGAAGGAUCGCCUGAGAAGUCUUUAGUUCUCCACAAGCUAGACUUUUCUGCUCCAAAUGUUCCACAAAAGGUAAACGAGGAUACUCUUACUGAGAUCCCAUUGAAUACUGUGGAAAGCAUUCAUGGAGAAGACAAGCAGGCAUUUUCUCUGUCGCCUGAGACAACAGAAUGUGAUAGCGUUGAAGUGGAGAGUGUGACAUCAGACGGCGACAAAUCAAAUCUAGGAAUGCCAUUGGUUGAGGACGGGCUGUCUAGUAGCCAGGCAAGCGACAAUGAGGAUUAUGUUCCGCCCUCCAACCAGGUACCCAAGUCUCCGACUGCCAUGUUGAGGAAAAAACAGAAGUCAGACAUCGAACAGGAAAUGUUAACAACUCCUAAAGAGGACUCAAAGCACAAACAGCUGGAUGCGGAAGCCAUCAUGGAGGAUCUGAAGGCAAAGAGAGAGGCUCUUGAUCUAGCUAUCCAUGACAUCAAGUCGGCCAUACAGAACAGCAAGGGCAUUUCUCUCAAAUCACCUUUCAAAGAAAAUAACCAGGAAGAGGAGCCAAUUUGGGUUAUGAGAGAGGGUGCUAACACAGAAACAAAGCCAUCGAGUCAGAGACACGAAGGUGUUGGAUCGAGUCCCUGCACAGAAUACAAUCGCAAGGAACAAGAUAAUGUUUACCAAAUGGAUAAUGAGAAAGACUGUUUACUGGAGAACCAGUAUACUAGAAAUGAGGGGAAAUCAUACCAACCUCCUAGGGGGUAUGAUUCGGAUGAGGAGGAAGAUGGCGACGUUAAGUAUACACGCCGGAUCCUGGGUAAAAAAUAUGCCUCCUUGCCUAAAGACGAUUCGUUUGAUCAACAUCCAACACAUAAACUUCCGUCUCAAAAUGGUUCCAAUCCUGAUCUCAGUGUUCACGGCAAUGAUAGGAACUCACGUUGUAGUUCAGAUUCAUAUUCAUACAAAAAAUCUUAUCGUGUGAGUGCAGGGUCACUCGGGUCGGACUCCGAGGAUGUGGGCAGUGAAACAGAGGCGCCCUCUAGGGCAUCCUACCUGAAAACCAAGACGGCAGGAGACUUCGACACGGAUGAAGAGACUGACAUUCUGCUGCAGAAACAGUACCAGAAGGAUCAAUACGUAGAUAUACCCGAAUUAAGUCAACCACCUGUAAACCGGAGUGCUCAGGCUGAGAAGCGGCGCUCUCGUGCGAAAGAAGGUGAGAAGGAGUCAUUUUCGCUGCGUGACCCUGACAACCAUAAAGUCUUGAUAGAGGGUGUCCUGUUCCGUGCGAAAUACCUCGGAUCUACCCAGCUAAUCUCCGAAGGCCAGCCUUCCAAGGCUCUCCGCAUGAUGCAAGCUCAGGAAGCCGUUGGCAGAAUCAAGGCGUCGACACUUGGUGCACUACAUUUUGGUGAAAAAUUUCAGGCACCAGAGGGUGAGAAUCAGCCAAGUACAGCGGUGGACCUGUUUGUGUCGACAGAGAAAAUCAUGGUCCUCAAUACUGACCUGCAGGAAAUAAUGAUGGACCAUUCUCUGAGGACGAUAUCCUACAUCGCAGACAUCGGCGACAUCCUAGUCAUCAUGGCCCGUCGCCGACUGUUGUCAAGUCCGGGGGAAGAAAUAUUGCAUCAAAAGAAACAGGCAAAAAUACUCUGUCAUGUCUUCGAGUCAGAUGAGGCCCAGUUGAUAGCCCAGUCCAUAGGACAGGCCUUCCAGGUGGCCUAUAUGGAAUUCCUGAAGGCUAAUGGUAUAGAGGAUGCCGGGCUGAUGAAGGAGAUUGACUACCAGGACGUCCUCAACCAGCAAGAAAUCUACGGCGAGGAACUCAAUCUGUUUUCAAACAAAGAAAAACACAAAGAGGUCAUAGUGCCAAAGCUGAAGAGUGAAGUGUUGGGCAUUGUGAUAGUGGAGUCAGGUUGGGGCUCCAUGGUCCCUACAGUGGUACUAGCCAACAUGGCCCCCACAGGACCUGCAGCCCGGUGUGGGCAGCUCAACAUAGGGGACCAGAUCAUCUCCAUCAAUGGUAUAAGUCUGGUAGGACUUCCCCUCUCAGCCUGUCAGAAUUACAUCAAGAGUGCCAAAAACCAGACGGUGGUCAAGCUCACUGUGGUCCCCUGUCCCCCAGUGGUGGAAGUAUUAAUAAAACGGCCAGACGUCAAAUAUCAGCUUGGCUUCAGUGUCCAGAACGGAGUGAUCUGUAGCUUACUGCGAGGUGGGAUAGCAGAACGAGGAGGCGUGCGAGUCGGACACAGAAUUAUAGAAAUAAACAAUCAAAGUGUUGUAGCGGUACCACACGAAAAAAUUGUCUCCCUUUUGGCAAAUUCUGUAGGAGAGAUCCACAUGAGGACGAUGCCCACCUCCAUAUUCAGGUUAUUGACUGGUCAAGAAACACCGCAUUAUUUAUAGUGACUUUUAUCGGUGUAUUUUAUGUAUCCACGGUGACCCGUACAUCUACAGCUGGAUUGUGGUUGUUGCCUGCGGAACUGGGUGGAUACAAUGUUUUGUGAUAAAUUGUGCCGUAAUAGUCCUGAUCAAGUUCACUGGGCUCUUCCCAAAUAUAAACAGUCUGGGCUUCAGGUUUCCCAUUUGAAGUGUACUUUCCAAGAUUCACUUCUUACCAAGGUACUGUUAACAGGAAGACAUGGAUUGUAAACCGUUCUAAUUAGUAGUCCCCCGUUAAUAUUUUCCAUUUCAUUUCCGAGACUUUGGAAGAGCUAUAUGGUGCAAGCUUACAAUUUGUAGCAGAUCAGUAAAUUGAAAUUCUGGAAUUCAGAUAGGAAACAAUAUUUUUGAAAAGAAACAAACUUGAAAGAAAGGGGAAACAAUUUCUGAAAAGGAACGAUUUGAGACAAAGGGUAAAUAACUGUUGUAAAAAUUACCGUCUUAAGGGAGGUAACUCUUGGAGGGUAAGCAGCUGUUCUGGUGUUGAUUAGGAUACUACGGUACAUAACUUCCACUGUGCAAUGACUUCAUUAUAUAUAAAUAAAUUCUUACCAUGUAUCUUCAAGAUAGAAUGGUUUCGGGAAUGUGAGAGAGAGGAUGGUGUAUGUCUAAUGGAAAUGUGUGUGCUACAUUAAGCCGAUUUUAUUUGCUACUGUCUGGCAAUUAUGGGUACAAGUGUGAGAAAGUUUGUGUCAAAUAUUCCUUGUUUAUAACCAUAUGUGUAUCUAAUAUUCAUAUUGUCUGUUUCCUCUGCAGCAUAUGUUGUCGCUGCAAUAGAAAGUUGUUUAAUGUUUUACCGACCUGUAUUGUCAUAACAAACAUUUCAACAUUGUAAUGUUUGGGAGGAUUUUUUCUCUCAAAAAUUUCAAUUAAAUUGAUUAUGAUUAAAAGUUUGUUUGAGACGUUAUAACUGAAUUUGUAGUGGAAAAUGAAUUUGAAAUCUUGUCAUAAAAAUAAAAGUGUUACACACUUCAAAACAAGGGUCAAUGAUAGGGACCUUACUUUGGGGUCUUCAGCUUAACCUAUAUAUAGAUCUGAACUCGCCUUCAAUUCUUUAACGUCUCUGAAUACUUGCCAACCCUCCCUAUUUGGGAGGGAGACUCCCAAUUUUGGACCCUAAUAUUUAGUAUUUUCAACCAGUGAAUUUGCUAAACUAGUCUUAUAAUCUAAGAUCUUCUAAUUACAUCUGAAAGAACAACACAAAACAUGUCAUUUUAAUGAAAUCUAGGGUAUAUAAACACACUUUAUUAAUGUUUUAAUUUUGAGACUACAGAAUCUCCCCCAAUGGAAAUUUCAAAUAGUUGGCAAGUAUGUCUCUGUAUUGGAAUAAUUUUCAUACAAUUUCUUUAAGCUGGUAGUUUUCCAUAAGUAUUGAAAUUGGCUUCACUUACAUGUGUAACAAGUUGGCGAUAUCCCAUAGGCUUAUUUGGUUACUUGUGUUCUUGAGGAGAACAAUUGAAAGUGUAUCUCAUUUGGAAGUCUUAUCUUAUGAACGGUUUAACAUGAUCACUAAAGCAACACUAUCUGUCUGAGACAGUCACAGGUAAGAAAUAUAUAAUAUGUAAGGUUAAACAUGAUCACUAAAGCAACACUAUCUGUCUGAGACAGUCACAGGUAAGAAAUAUAUAUAACAUGUAAGGUUUAACAGUGUCUAAAUUCUUAGUGCUGGCGACCAGUCUUUUAUUUUGGGACAGAGGUAAUUUCUGUGAUUAAUGGUACAAGGGGAGACAAUCUCAAAUAAUCUUAACCCCCCCUCUUGGAAAAGGUGAUACGGAAAAAUGUACACUACAAACUCAAUUAUUAUGAACUCAUUGUUCACCGAUGUCAUAUUUUAUGUAUAUUUUAUGAGUGAAAUGAAUAUUGACAUUUAUGAUGGUAUGAAACUCAUUUGAUCAUGAAACUCAUUUGAUCAUAAACAUAUUCCAUGGUGCACUUUGGUACAACAUGGAGAAGUUGUUUACAUACCACUACAAAUGGACAUAGUAUGCAUUUUAAUUUUCAUAUUAAUGUUAAAAGCAACAAAGAUCCUUCAGUUCUAUUUGUGUCUCUGGGUGAUUUCUUUUGUGUUAGCCAUACUUUUUUACCAAAUGGUAGAACAGCAGUUUUUGCAGGAACGAGGUCGUGUUUUCCAUGCCUACAACUCCUGUUGGGUAAAUAUAUAAACUUCCAUUGGAAACCAUUCCAAAACUUCCAUCAAAGUUUGAAUUAAUGGGUAAUUAUUGUUAAGGGUUGUGCUGUCGUAACAACAUUUUGAUUUAUUAGGUUUAUUUAUAGGCUCUAUUACAGAAAUGUUAAUACAUUUAUUACCAAAUAAAAAACUGGCAUUAUGAGGUCAUGGCAUUGUGAGGUCAGAAUUCAGAUAAUAGACAAAAUGUAACGGCAUUGUAAUAUUGCAUUGAAGAAGAAGAAAAAUCAAAAAUCAAAAAGGCAUUGUUUACGGUGAUUUGUUAAUAAAAUUCCUUUUUUCAUUCUGGACAUUUUUCAGGCUAAAGCAGUUCCAAUAUAAGUUAGAGAGUUCCAGUGUUCCAUGUAGUAUCUCAAAUGAGGAAGAACUUCAAUUUGUUCAGCAGUUUUCUGUCUUACAUCGCUUGUUUCAUUUGGAAUACUAAACUGUUGUAUACAAACCCUGAACUACAAGUCACAGUAUUCAAUAUAUUAAUAUACUUUUCUGCAACAUUACUGGGAAUUUUCAUUUCAUAGUCCUUACAAAAACAAAUGUUCACUCUGUAAUCAUAUAUAGGUUAUAACAUGAUUUUAACAGAGAAAGUUACUUUCAGUGUCAGAAUAUAGAAUAAAACGUGACAGGACUCACUAAGUAUUGUUCCUCGGCUAACACUGUUAGAGGGAGAGAGUUCCAGUGUCCCUGUGUGAUGGGCACAAAACAAAGCAAUGGACUGCUGAUAUUACAUGUGAUAAUACUGAUAUUACAUGUGAUAAUACUGAUAUUACAUGUGAUAAUACUAAUAUUACAUGUGAUAAUACUGAUAUUACAUGUGAUAAUACUGAUAUUACAUGUGAUAAUACUGACAUAUAGGCUUCACAAUAGAAUUUGGAAAGGAAUACUUUGUGACAAGUUUCCAAAAAUAUAUAGAUGUCUUAAUCGAGUAUCUUGUGUAUAUUACUAGCAAAAUUUAAAAGAGUCUUUCUUUAAAACCUUUAGUUCUUUAUAAAUCUUGGAGAUCUGUUCAGUCAUGUAACUUCAAACAGGACAAGUUCCAUUUGGUUACCUCUUUUAUUUCCUAUUUUUAAAGUUUUAGUAAGACAAUAUAUCAGUCUGAUUGGGAGACCGUGUUUGAAAUAGUUUGUAGGUAUAUAUACUCAGUAAAUUUUCAUUUUACAUGAUUUACUUCCCUUUAUUCAGUUGCUACUUUGUGAUAAUUAACCAAGUUAAUUAAAUACUGUUAAGCUGACUUGCAAUAUUUACUAUCUAUAUCCAUACAUGUUACUCGGGUAGGAUUCAUCAUAGUUGAUGUACCAUGUAAAUUAAUUGCAAUAUUUCUGAACAGGGGAAAACUUGAUAUUCUCAGCUUAGAGGAAGGUCUCAUCUUCCAUAAGAUGUAGGUAAGUUAGGUAUGUCGGUGUUCUAUGUAGAAUUGAUAAACGGAAAAAAUCAGUGUUCCAGAUAUUUUUUUGGCUGAUCAAUUUACUCAUUUAAUUAUAAAUUACUCAUUUGAAUAUGACAUGGGUUUUUUCAAUUUGAUUGAUCUUUUUCAGAAUUUGAUCUUUCUGUGUUCAAUUAGUGUAUUUGUAUGAUUUUCCCCCUGAAAAUUGAGGAAUUUAAGUCCUGUUCAUGGCUUAGUUAAUUCCUAAAAAGGAGAAAUGCUUGAUCGAUAUCUCGCAAGUUACACUUUAAAUCAUCCUGAUGCAUACUUGUGUAUUGAUAUUGGAAAGUUGUUGGUAUAUUUAAGAUGUGAAUGAGAUGGUAUCCAGCACAUCGAAUGAGUCUGUAAUAUUGUGUGCAAGUGUUGGUUGUACAAACUAUGUAGCUUUAAUGUAUGUUUUUGUUGUUUUUAUUGUUAAGCAUUCCUUGGUUCAGGUAGAGAUACUAGUCCCUCCGGUACGACGGAGAGUGCUUUCCCUCUGGCACGACGGAGAGUGCUGUCCCUCUGGCACAACAGAGAGUGCUUGUCCCUCUGGCACGAUUGAGAGAUACUUGUCCCUCUGGCACGAGUGAGAGAUACUUGUCCCUCUGGCACGAGUGAGAGUGAUGUCCCUCUGGCACGACGGAGAGUGCUUUCCCUCUUGCACGACGGAGAGUGCUUUCCCUCUGGCACGAGUGAGAGAUACUUGUCCCUCUGGCACGAUUGAGGGUGGUGUC